GUCCUUUCCUUCUCUUCUUCGACAAGUCUAAAGGAUAAUUCAUUCCUAUUAAUCUUUGUUGUUCUGUCUAAUUGAAAUCUUGUUAGCUAUAUAAUUCGCUUUCGCCACAAAACCUCGAGCUCGUCGGAAAUCAAGAAAUUGUAGAUGUGAUCGAUCCAAUUCCUGAUCCAUGGCCGUUGGCGAUAGUAGCUUAGAGUUAUCUCAUCGCAUGGAAGAAUAUUCUGGAAGAACAAUGAAAGUUUCUGUUGUAUGGAAAGGAAACAAAUACACUCUCCAGAUCGAUUCCGGGUCAAAUCUAAAGGAUUUGGGUUAUGAAUUGAUGAAAUUAACCGGCGUUACGGCGGAGACGCUCCGUUUGAUCGUUCCUCGGUUGAAUGAAAAAGGGUCAAGAUUGUUUUUGCCUUUCUCUGAUGAACACUCGAGCUUGAGCUUGCAAGAAUCUUCCAUAAUUGAGGAUAAAGCUAUCAGAAUGAUGGGAGUGUCUGAAGAAGAGGUCAACGGUGUUCUGAAAAAUGCAAUGCCUGACAUGAGAAUACUUGGCUUUGAGGAAGAAGAGAGAAGGCUUAGGCAAAAGAAGUUGUCUAACACGUCAAUCAAGCUUCCACAGGGACCUUACAUCUUCUGUGAUUUCCGUACUCUUCAAAUCCCGGGUAUAGUGUUAAACCCUCCUGCUUCUGAUGCUCUAAAGAGAAUGCACAUGCUUGCAGCAGACCCUGGUAUUGUCGCGGUUAUGAACAAGCAUCGUUGGAGAGUAAGAAUUAUGUCAGAAUUCGCCCCAGUUGGUUAUGUUGGUGUCAGUCCGAAAUGUCUUCUAGGCUUCAACAAGAAUCAAGGAGAGGAGAUUUCUCUACGUCUUCGGACUGAUGAUCUCAAGGGAUUCAGAAAGUACCAGAGCAUAAAAAAGACUCUAUUGCAUGAGCUUGCUCACAUGGUAUACACGGAACAUGAUGAAAACUUUUAUGCUCUUGAUAGACAGUUGAAUAAAGAAGCUGAAAGCUUAGAUUGGACUAAAUCAAGGGGUCACACUUUAAAUGGAACGAAAAUUAUGAAUGACUAUGAUGAGGAAGACCACUUCGUUGAUGAACAUGAAACUUUUUCUCAGAGGCUUGGUGGAAAUCAAUACGAUAAUCUGAGAAAUGCUCGUGAAUCGUCUGUUGCUGCUGCUUAUCGCCGUCUCUCCCACGCAAGUGAAAACAAAGACGCUGGUGUUUCGAAACUCAAACCUGAUCCUGAUGAAUUGGUUGAUGUUCGUGAUGAGAAUAAUCAGCCAAGUCUCCCUAAAGCUAAAGUUGAGCCUGAUCCAGAUGAAACCACUGAAAAUGGUACAACAGAAAUCGAUCAAGGUCACUCAUGGAUUCCAUCAAAUUCUAGAGAUGCAUCUGCACCAGAACAUCACUCAGGCUCAACUGAAAUGGCGAGUAAUCUUCCUGGCCAUGCUGAAGAUGAUAAUGAACCUGAUCCGGAUGACUUAGAAACACUCACAAGUAUAAUGGAUGUUGAGAAUAUGGAAAUUUCAAAUGAUCUGAAGAGACCUCCUGGAGAGCCUAAUGCAGAUGAAACAAUCAUUGUGGUUGAUGAGCCUGAUCCAGAUGAUUUGGAGAUUCAAAGGAUCCAAGACUCUGUUACCAUCAUCUCUAACCGUCUCAAGAAAGCCAUAAAUGCCUUGAAAACUGGAGUUAGCACUGUUGAAGCGACCAAUGUGCUGCAAAUGCUUCUCAAAAUAGUGAGGAACAUAAUUGAACAGCCAAAUGAAAUGAAAUUUAGAAGGCUGCGUAAGGGAAACCCUGCAAUUAAGCGCAAGAUACUCAACUUUGCAGCUGCCGUUGAGAUCCUUUCCGUGGUUGGCUUUGUCGAAGAGAUGGUAUGGGAAAACACUGGAACACAAGAACCAUAUUUGGUACUGAAACGUAAUGACCCAGGCCUCUUGUGGAUUGCUAAGUCCAUGAUCGAAUCACACACCACAGGUUCGUAGCCAAAUAUUACGUACAUGUUACACUGUAAAGACUGAAUUUAUAAGAAGUGGUUCUGUUAAAUGGAAUGUGUGAAUCUGCUGACUGUACAGCAGAACAUGAUAUCAAUAGAAAUUUAAAAAGGUAAAUCAUCACAAGAAGAGAGUUAAAACAUUGUAAAAUU